CUCCCAGAAUGAGAGACCUGUUUUCCACUAGGAAUCAGGCCUACUGGACGGAGCUCAUUGAGAAGGAGGCUUCCAGCCGGGCACACUGGAGAAUGAAAUUUGCCCAUAAGUACCCACGAGUUCAGGGCCCCAAGAAGAAGAGGCAGCCUCCCCCUUUAUGCUCAGCUCCAGAGCCCUGCCUGUUGCCUCCCAUCAGCCCCACCAGGAUGGAGCACCCAGAGGCCAGCACCUUCCCAGGAGAAGGAGCUGGGGUCCAGGCCCCCCAGGAAGGGGAAGAGAAGGGGCAGGUGGAGGAAGCGAAGGCUGAGCCCUUCCUGCCCGACAUGAGACCUGCCACCCCUAAGACCGGGCAGCUGCUAUAUCAGGGCAUCUCCAGAGAGGGAAAAGGGAGACACCUCUACCUGCAGGCGCGGUGGCAGCAGAAGCCAGAGGACAAGUUUCGGUAUCCCCUCUUGUCGUCCUGGGACUACGGCUGGUGCAUAGGGGAUGCCAUGAAGGAAGCCAAGGCUCCGGUUCAUGCCAGAUCCCGGCUCAUCAGGGAUACUUUUUACUUCCGCAAUGGGGUCUUUCACCAGGCCUCCAGGUCUGACCAGCGGCUCUGAGCGAGGGAAGGAAAGACCCCUUGUGGGGGCUUGUUGCUAAGACCAGAGUCGCAGCCUGGCCGAGUUUUCCUUGAGCUUCUUUCCCCCCACCUGGUCCCCAAUAAAAUCCAAACCCACAAAACACCAAAAUAAUUGUGGGGUUUCAGAGUGAUGACUCCUGGUAUCCUGGUCCUGAUUUGUGUCAACACUGAGUCCAAGACUCUGUCUCUUCCACUUAGUCUGUUUAUCAUCAGAUCGAUGGCCAAGGAUUGUCAGUUCUCAUCUAUUUGC